AUGCAGCCAACAUGGGACCUCCGUCAGGUUACGGAAGGUGGAGGCCUAUCCAAUCUUAAGAGCAAGCUCGAGGAGGAGGAUUACUACAGACAGCAGGGCGAGGCGAGGAGGGAGGCAUCGGCCCGUAAAGCUCGCGCGACUGCCGAAGACGAACGGCGAAUCACAAAGUCCGCGGGGAAUCACCCCGUUGAUUGUCGGCGCAGGAGUCACGGCGGGAAUNGGAAAGCCCUGGGUAUGGGAGACCGCAGGGCGAGACGGACGGCACCCUACCACCUCGGGCGACUCGGAGGGCGAGGACGGUGAUGGAGAAAAGAAGAACGACGUCAGUCAAGGAGAAGUGACAAGUGUCGUUAGGGCCACGAACCGAGGAACAGGCCAGGCAUAUCGACAGCCUUAACCGCGAUAGGCGAUCUGCGCAUCGUCGGCUUCUAGUGAUGUGUAGUGUACGGGGGUGGUGAAGGCAAUUUUGCGUGGUCGGCACAUGGGUUCGCACGACGUCAAAGGGCUCAGUGGGCAAAGUCUACGGGCGCGUGCUUCGCUUCCGUUGGAUGCAGCCAUCCGUCAAAUACGACGACCCUGGGAUGCAAGAUAUCAGGCGGACUAACAGAAGCCUGACGCUGACCAGCCGGCUAGAGCGCGCGUUUUCUCCCCUGUAUUUUCUUACCCAGUUGCGCAGGGAAGUGGACGAGGGAGAUUAUUUUCCCUUCGGCCGCGCUGGGUGUCCGUUGUUUUCUGGCAUGGUACUUUGUUAGUCGCAAACUGCCUGAAAGGUACGAGGAUGCUGUGUGCGUUCCGGGCCUGUGUCGUACU